AUGGGAAGCUCGGCCAGCAGCGGGAGCCCGCUGGACCGAGGCGGGGCUGCCCCGAGUCAGCGGAAACAGGAGUUGGUAGCAGCCCGUCGUGCUGCAGAAAGAGCGUGGCUGUUUAUCAGCGAGUGGAAAAGUGCUGCUUUGAUUUUAUUUUUUAAAUAUCAAGGUGACCAUGCUGUUCUGUGUGUCAGAAUCAAGAACGUAGCAGUAGCUGUGACAAAAUCAGCUAGACUUCACCUGUUUCAAGCACAGGAAUGGCGGAAGCUGCAGAACAGUAUCCAAGAUCACAGCUGUACAGAGAAGUUCUCUAAAGCUCAGCUGACAAUGACUGUGAACCACACAGAGCAAAAUCUGACAGUGUCCCAGAUUCCUUACCCGGAAACAUGGUAUGUGUUUUAUGUAGACAAGUUUACCUGCGAGGAGAAUUAUUCUGAAUCCGAGGAUAUUCAGUUUGAAAUGGUCUUACUAAACCCAGAUGCAGAAGGGAAUCCAUUAGAUCACUUUAGCGCAGGGGAAUCUGGAUUACAUGAAUUCUUUUUCCUGCUUGUCCUAGCAUACUUCAUAACUGCUUGCAUAUAUGCACAGUCCCUAUGGCAAACAAUUAAGAAGCAUGGACCUAUGCAUACUGUAUUAAAGGUGUUGACAAUUGCAUUACUGUUGCAGGCUGGUUCAGCUUUUGCCAACUACCUGCAUUUCUCAAGUUACUCUAAAGAUGGAAUAGGAACACCUUUUAUGGGAAGUCUGGCAGAAUUGUGUGACAUAGUCUCACAGAUACAAAUGCUAUAUUUAUUGUUGAGUCUGUGUAUGGGUUGGACGAUAGGCAGAAUGAAGAAAUCUCAUGGCAGACCUCUUCAGUGGGAUUCCACUCCAACAUCUACUGGCAUUGCUGUAGUAGUUGUUGUUACACAGAGCUUUUUAUUAAUUUGGGAGCAGUUUGAAGAUAGGAAUCACCACAGCUACCAUUCACACCAUGGCUUAGCAAGCGGACUGCUUAUUGGCCUCAGAGUUUGCCUAGCUUUGUCACUGGCUGCUGGUCUUUACCAGAUCAUCACAGUGGAGAGAAGCACGCUGAAAAGGGAGUUCUAUAUCACCUUUGCCAAAGCCUGCAUUCUCUGGUUUUUGUGCCACCCAUGUCUUGCAACCAUUUCUGUAAUAUUCAGAGAAUAUCAAAGAGAAAAGAUUAUUACCAUAGGUGUUAUCCUCUGUCAGUGCAUCUCCAUGGUUAUCCUCUACAGACUUUUUCUAUCUCAUAGUCUAUACUGGGAAGUAUCUUCACUGUCAUCAGUGACAUUGCCACUAACAGUAUCCUCUGGACAUAAAAAUCGACAUCACUUCUGAGGUGUUUAGGAAGAAUACAUUACGUAAUAAAUGUGCAAUAACGACCUAAAUGUACAGAUAUUUUUGUCACGUAUAUGUGUGAUACGUUGGUUUCACUGGAAAACUGAGUGAUAAAUCAGAGUGCUUCACAGACCUUUGGUCUGACAAGGUCCCUAGUUUAAUUUGUUAAAAGUAUUGUGGAGUGGAAAAAUCCAUAAUUUGGAUAAUUUUAUAAAUAUUGUUUAUGUGUAGCAUGUGGUGCUGAGCUGUAUCACAGAAGAGUACAACGAAUCUUUUCUCUCCCAUUCACAGCCACAAAAAAUGUCCUUACUUUAUAUCAAUACUAGGUUUGAAGGUCUUACAAAAUGCAGUUCUUAAAACAUCUACAAGCUCAAACAAGUCUGAAAUAGGCCAGUUGUGAAAUCAGUGUGAUGCGUAACGAUGAGUACAA